AUGUCUGCACAUGCGCAAUGGACAGUGGUUUGGAACUUCUCCAGUUUCCUGAUCAAGGGGAAUAAGAGACCGCGCAGCGAUCCGCAGGCCAGCAACUCCGGCUACAACAGGCUGACUCACAGCAAGACUGUGGGGGUGCAGGCUGUGGCCGGGGGCAAAAGAGUCAUGGUGGUCGUGAAUCCCAGAUCUGGUCAGCCAAAACCAGACACCUCUUAAGUAAGGACCACCAUCAAGAAUGCUGGCCACCCUCAGCGAAUCAGGCACAUGAUCCAAAAGAACAAAUACCCCCUUAAUCUGGGCAUGGUGGCCACCCCCAGGGCCAGUGUCAUCCUGACCAGCCAGAAGCCUGUGGUGGCGAAGAGGAAAGGGACAGCCCCACCAGAGUUCCUGAACCCCACACCCCAGAAGCAACAGAGUCCACUGACUUUUUCAACCACCAAAACAUUAUUUCGGAGUCAGCUCUGUGGGGCUCCGGUUUCGCGGGCCGGCGGUCACCCAGGCGUGCGGCGCCAGCGAGCUGAGCAUCAUCUCCUAAGCUCCAAGUUUGGCAAACAGAGCAAGUUUGCGUCCCGGCCGCCCCAACCCGUGGCUUCCCAGCCCACAGCCGCCCGCGAUCACUCAGGCACACCUGCCCAGGUGUGCUCCCCGCUUCCCCCUCGCUUCCCGCCGCCCCGCGGGGACACCUUCUCGGGACGGAGCACGCACGCCCCGAGGCCAGCCCCACUCACCCUGCCCAGCCGCGAGAAUCGAGGGUGUCUCGGCGGUGCUCUGCCUGCCGCUCUCACCGACUUAACAAUUAUCCAGCUACCCCAGAACGGCCACUUCCGGCCUCCGCCAGCAAACCGGAAGGAAGCCUAG